AUGGCACCUCCAUCCAGCCUCAGACCCAGGCCCGUGUCGCAGCAGCUCAUUGCUUUGGCCAAGACCCAGCAGUUCUACUGGUUCUUGGGCCACGUGUUGGCGUUCAUCAACUUUGGCAUCCAGGCGGUUCUGUUCAUCUGGCCCUCAGCGUCGUUGAAACAUUACCGAUUCACGUUGUUGUCGAUCUUGAUCACCUACGUGAUUGUGAUCAAGCAGAUCUACUUCAAGAGGUUGUCGCUUUCCAGCGUGUCGUUGACGCGCUUGGCCAGAGAUGAGAAUGUCCACUACUUCGUGUUGGCACUUACGUUCUACGUUGCCAGCUUCAAGAUCGGGGUCAUCGCAGGCAGCUUGUACCUGUUCAUCAUCUUUGCGGUGUUCCACAUCUUGACCUACUUCCAGAACAACUUGUUGGCGGUGUUGGUGCCCAGCAUUGCUGCUCAGCAGCAAAUCAACACCCAGAUCAACAACUUCACGUUGAAGUUCAACCAGCAGGCGUUGGUGCUCGCAGCCAACGCCGAGGUCAUUCUCGCAGUGUUGUCAGGUUUCCAGUUGAUUCCAGCGUUCCUCUUCCAGUUGUUGUGGUCCAGACAAGUGGUGUACUUUGCCACCAAGGUGGUGGUUUUCGGGGUGGUUUUGGUGUUUGUCAAGUUCAGAUACGACGCCAACCCCUACACCAAGGCGGUGGUGGACCAGUUCGACGCCAGAAUCAACGCCUUCGUCUUUGGACUCAAUGACCAGAGACUUGUGGCCGUGUACACCAAGCUCAAACAGGAUGCGCUCCGGUUCUUGGCGCCCAUCAAGGUGCCCAAGGAGGAGAUCAAGAAGAACUAG